AUUUUAAUUAUUUUAUUCUUUAAAUAUUUUGGUGCUUGAUAAAAUAACCAAAAAACGAGAAAAAGAAAAACAAAAAGAAAAAGAAGAAAGAGAAAGUAUGUAGAAUUGUGCAAAACAUGUUCAUUAUUAUGUUUGGACAUUAUAUAUAUAUAUCAAUAUAUAUAUAUAAGGGAAAAAUAUGAAUAAAACAUAUAUACAUAUCACUUUAUAUUGGAGAAUUAUAUACUUUAAUGAAUGAAUAAAUAAUAAUUUGGGAAAAUUUUGUAAAAAGAACACCACCAAUAACAACAACAAAAAAUAAAGAAAAGAAAAGAAAAAAGAAAUGAAUAAUAUUAGUACUGUGAAUAAUUUAACAAUUAUACGUUCAUAUUUUGAAUUUCAUGCACGUUUUGGAUUGGAACGUUUAUGGAUAACAAUUAUUAUAUUAAGUUUAUUAAUAUUAUGCACAGUAAUUGGGAAUGUAUUUGUUGUAGCGGCUAUUUUAUUGGAAAAACAUUUACAAGGUGUUUCCAACUAUUUGAUAGCCAGUUUAGCUGUUGCCGAUUUAAUGGUUGCAACACUUCCAAUGCCAGUAGCUGCUAUCUAUGAAAUCUCUGAAGAUUGGUGGUUAGGUGAAGCAUUAUGUGAUUUCUGGGUAUGUUCCGAUGUAUUAUGUUGUACAGCAUCAAUACUUCAUUUAGUCGGUAUAGCAUUAGAUCGUUAUUGGGCUGUAACAAAUGCAGAAUAUAUUCGUCGAAGAACAGGUCGUCGAAUAGGAAUUAUGAUUGGAAUAUUUUGGUUUUUAUCUGUAUUAAUUUCAAUUCCAGCAAGAUUUCAUACUACAAGAUCAUAUAAUUAUGGUGGUUAUUCAUCUAAUUUAGAUUUAAAUGAACCACCAAGUUGUCGAAUUAAUCAAGAACAUGGUUAUACAGUAUUUUCAAAUAUUGGUGCAUUCUAUAUGCCAAUGAUAUUUAUUAUAGGUAUAUAUGCAAGAAUUUAUCAAGUAGCUAGAGCACGUAUUAGACGUUCAGCAUUUAAACAAUCAGGAACAACUAAUUUAUGUAUGAGUCAAUGGAAACAGCCAAAAUCUAAACAACCACAACAACCAAAACAUCAGCAUUCAUUCAGACAUCAUUUAAACACAUAUUGGUGUAAUUGUUGUCAUAAUUACAAAAAUAGAAACUCUGUUAAAUUAAUUCCUACUAGAAAUGAUAAUAAUAUUAAUACUAAUACAAAUCAAGAGAAUCCAUCAUCAUCACAAGUAGCAGAUACAGAUUGUACAAUGAUUGGAAGAAAAACAAUUACACAUACACAGACAUCAACAAUAACGAUGAUAAAUAAUCAAAAUACUACUACUAAUAGUAAUGGUAAUAGUAAUAAUAAUAAUACUUUUAAUAAUAUUCAAGUAUCUAUACCAUAUGUUGAUGAUAUGGAAACUAAAUCCAAUUAUUAUCAAUCUAAUAAUAAUAAGAAGAAGAAGAAUCCCAGUUAUACUAGACCAAUCAUAUUACAUCAUCGUGAUAAACAAAGCCCUAACAACAAUAAUGAUGAAUACACAUUGAAUAUUUACAAGGAGCAUUGUUUAUAUAAACAUGAAAUGAAAUUCAAUUAUAAACACAUUAAAAAAUCUAAUUCUUUUAAUAAUCUUAAUUCUAUAAUCAAUUAUAAUUCAUAUAAACAUACUUUAUUAUCUAAAUAUAGGAAUUCAGCUCCAUCAAUUCUUUUACAUUUAAAUCAUUCUAGUACAUUUUUCACUGAAUUAACUAAUUCUAAUACACAAUUAAUUGAAUCAUCUACAGAGCAUACAAAUUCAAUGAUAUGGUCAUCAUCAUCAUCAUCAUUACCAUUAACACCAUCAUCUUCAUUUUCAGAAUCAUCCACUUUUCCUAUAGAUGAUCAUUAUCGACAAAAAACUCUUCAUCAUCAUAGACAUCAAGAUAAUCAUCAUUCUCAUAAACAUCUUCAUGAAUCUAAUACAAAACAUAAACGAAAUCAAUUAAAAAAAUCAAUGAAAGAUCAAAAUCAUUAUUUCAAUAUACGAAGAAUUUUUUCACCAUGUUGUUCUACUACUUCACCAUCUUCAAAUCAACAUAUUCAAUCAUAUCAAAUGAAUAAAUAUUUAUCAUAUUGUUGUGUAAAUAAACAUAAACAUUACACAUUACAUCACAUUACGUCCAGUAAUAAUAAUAAUAAUAAUAAUAAUAAUAAUAAUAAUAAUAAUAAUAAUAAUGAAGAAGGAUUGUAUCUAGAGUCAAUAAAUGAAACUUCUAACUGUACACAUUCAUAUUAUAAACAGAAUACUGUUAGCCCCGCUCAUACUACUACUACAAUCAAUAAUAGUAAUAAUAAAUAUAUUAGAACUGAUAAUCAUAUCUCAUUGAAAUCAUCAAAGAAUCAAUUGAAUGUACGAAAGAAAUUACGUCAUGUGUUUACUUCACAUAACAAUAGUAAGAAUAACAAUAAUAAUAGUAAUAAUAAACAUAUAAUAACUCAAUCUACAUCCAAUUUACCAUCUAGUAAUAAUAAUAAUAAUAAUAAUAAUACAGAUAUAUUAACCAUAAAUAAAAAUAAUAAUGAGUUAAAUAUACCAUUACAUAUACCACCACCGCCAACAACAACAACAACAACAACAACGCUCACUACAUCAUUAACAUUAAAUGAUGAAACAACAAUCAUAUCAAAUUUAAUACCAAUACAACAAACUCAAUUAAAUCGUGAACGUUUAGAAGCUAAACGUGAACGUAAAGCAAUAUUAACAUUAGCUAUUAUAACUGGUUGUUUUUUAUUAUGUUGGUUACCAUUUUUUAUUGUUGCAUUAAUAUCACCAUUUAUAAAUCAUUUAAAAAUAACAAAAUUUGGUCAAAGUAUGAUAUUAUGGUUAGGUUAUUCAAAUUCAUUAUUAAAUCCAAUUAUCUAUACAAUAUUUUCACCAGAUUUUCGUAAUGCAUUUAGAAAAAUUUUAUUUGGACGUUAUAAUUUACGUUCAUUAUCAAGAUAAUGAUUAGUUGAUUAUCAUACAUGAUCAAUAUAGUAGUCAUGGUAAUAGGAAAAAAAAAGAAGAAAAAAAAGCAAGAAAAAGAACAACAACAACAAGAAGAAAAGGAAAAAAAGAAGAGCACAUAAUAGAAAGUAUCUAUUCCUACAAAAAAAAUUGGUAGGAAAAAAGCACAACAACAACAACAAUAAACAAACAAACCAACAACAACAAAAAUAAUCGCAUUCAUUUUAUUAUGUUUCUUAUGAACAUUUUCAUGAAUUGGCUUUAUGUUCAUUCAGAAUAUUUAUAUUAGAUAUUGUCAAUAUGAAUGAUUGAAUGAUGAUGA